GCGACACGAGCACCAGCGCGCGCUUAGACCUGUUACACACUAAUACACACACACACACACACACACAAUAAUACACACCGGACUGAGGAGCCUCGCGGAGAGCGCGCGGACUACCGCUGGAGGAUCUACAGUCAACAGACACACCCACACACAGUAUGAACAUACAGAAGAGCCAAUCGGAGACUGGCCUGACGCCCCCAUGGAUUGCCAGACUGGCUGGAGGUGGACAGAGCCCCGCCUCCUCAGGGGCGGAGUCAGACACUGAGGGCAGUAGCACUGAGAGCGAAUGGUCUCACAGCCGACGCAUCCUGACCACACCCACUGCAGUACAACAGCGAAUCACAGAGCUGGACCAGCAGAGGGCGGAGCUCAAAUUAGAGCUGCAGGUGGAGAUAGCUCUGCUGGAGGGGGAGCUGCAGGUGGAGGAGGAGUGUUUGCGUAAACACAUUGCGCAGCUGCAGACGCUGCAGGAGACCAGCAAACAGAAACAGAUGCAGACGCAGACCAUCAUACAGCAGGAGCGUGAGCAGCUGGAGCAGGAACGGUUGCGGGUGGAGGAGCUGAAGAAGAGGUGGGCGGAGAAUAAGGAAAAACUCCACACCUGUCCAGAAAUUGAGAGAGAGCAGCUCAAGGUCCAACUGCAGCAGGAGAAGGAUGUGUUGGACAGUGCUGUUCGGGUGUUUGAGGAUUCAGAGUUCCGUAUGCUGGAGCUGGAGAGCAGCCUGGAUGAAGAAACCAACCACGGAGAGACGGAGCGAGAGAUCGGCCGAGAGACACACGCCAUCAACACAGCACGGGAGCGAGUGCAGGUGUUGGAGCAGCAGUUGAGAGAGAUGGAGAAAGAGAGAGAGAGAGAGAUGAGUUCACUCCGACUGGAGAAGAGAGAACUCCUCCACCAAUCACAGCGGAUAUUGAAAGAGAACAAAUCUCUGGCUGAUUGGUCCAGACACACUGGCUCCGCCUCCAGCAUGACAUCACUGCCUCCACCGUCCUCUCAGAAGGCAGCGCAGGAUUCGCUGAAGGAUGCGUCCAGUUUACCCCGCCGACGCAGUUCCCACCGCAAACCUGUGGACCGCCCACUCUCCGCACAAGUACUGAGGACGGUUCCGGACAUGCUGGGUCAUGAAGUUCAGACUCCUCUUCCUCAUCCCGCCCACAGACUGAGUAACGGCAGCGUUAAAGUCAGGCACAAUGUUAGCGCUAAUGCUAAUGGAUACCUGACACCAUGUAACAGCACCAGCAGCUCCAGAGCAGCCAGUCCCAGUCUGUGUUUGCUGGACCUGGUGGAGAUCGAGAGGAAGCUGAGGGAGGCUAAAGCUGAGAGAGAACGCUUACUGAAGGGGAGAGAAAAGCAAAGGCAGAAGGAGACACAGGGGGAGCUGGAGACACCAAGCACACACCCCAACACACAGCCAAACACCCAGUCAAACACACACCCCAACACACAGCCAAACACCCAGUCAAACACACACCCCAACACACAGCCAAACACCCAGCCAAACACACACCCCAACACACAGCCAAACACACACACUCAUACACACACUGAGGAGGAGCAUAAGGCCAGUCCAACCUACGUCCCCACACAGGGGGUGCCGCUGUCCCUGACGGUGAACUUUGACCUGCGGGCCCAUGUGGAGGGUCUGGGUCACGGGGUGGCGGGUUGUGGCGGGGUGUGUGUGUCGGCGAGACGCUGUGAGGGAUUCCUGACCAAACGCGGCGGCCGGGUCAAAACCUGGAGGCGCAGAUGGUUCCUGUUCGACCUCGACCACCGAAGACUGGCCUAUUACACUGAUCCUGAUGAGAGGAAGCUGAAGGGAGUGAUCUAUUUCCAGGCUAUAGAGGAGGUGUACUAUGAUCAUCUCCGUACCGCCACCACCUCUCCUCGGCCCAGUCUGACGUUCUGCGUGAAGACGUACGAGCGCCUCUUUUUCCUCGUAGCUCCGAGCGCCGAGAGCAUGCGGAUAUGGAUGGACGUCAUCGUCACGGCAACAGACGAGCACAGCAGAUACUGACCAGUACUCCUCCACCCAUCCUCCAACCACCUCUCCACCCACUUCUCCUUCAUCCUCCAAACACUUUUCCAUCCUCUACCACCUAUUUUCAACCACUUCCCCAUCCAUUUUUCCUCCAUCCUCCAACCACUUGUCCAUCCUCUACCACCCAUCCUUUAACCACCUCUCCACCCACUCCUUAAUCCACCACCCACUUCUCCAUUCUCUACAAUCCAUCUUUUAACCAGCUCUCCACCCACUUCUCCUUCAUCCUCCAACCACUUCUCCACUCUACCACCUAUUUUCAACCACUUCUCCAUCCUCUACCACCCAUCUUUUAACCACUUUCCCACCCACCUUUCCUCCAUCCUCCAACCAAUUCUCCAUCCUCUACCACCCAUCCUUUAACCACUUCCUCACCCACUUUUCCUCCAUCCUUCAACCAUUUCUCUUUUCUCCAACCACUCCUCCACCCACUUGUCCUCCAUCCUGCACCCACUUCAUCCAUGCUACAACCCACUCUUUCACCAACUCCUCCAUCCAUCCUCCAGUGCCUUCUCCUCCAUCCUCCACAACUCCUCCACCUGCUCCUCAAUCGCUCAGGACACUUGGAUUCCUGUGCUGGUAAAUGUUCUCUUAGUGUCUGUUGGAUGACUGGAUUCUUGCGUUCUUUCAUAGUGCUUUUGGCCCAAAAUAACGCUGGUUCUGAACUGGUUCCUUUCAGGCUUUUAGAACCAUUGGUGCUUUUAGUUUUCACCAGUUAUAGUGGAGCCGAGGAUAUGUCACAGCAUACAUAAUCAACAGAGGGAGUUACACAACCACUCCCGGUUUUGCGCUGAAGAACCUACUAUUUUUUUUUUUUUUUCAAAUUUCUUGGUGGAAAUGUGUUGAACGAUUUAAAAUUUGGUUAGCGAACCAGAACAGAGUCUGUUCCACGUUGGUGGAAAAGUGCUAUUAGUGUGAGAACGGUCUGUAUAUAAUAUGAGAACUACAUUACAUUACUGUGGGGACGGGAAUGUUAUUUAUUACGGGGCUGCUUCAUGUAUUAACAUUAAAAUGUAGAAAUUAAAUGAAUGUAAGGGUGUACUCACACUAGGCGAUCCGAACCGUGCCCGGGCACGGUUACCUCCCAAAGCACGGUUCGUUUGGCUAGUGUGAGCGCAAACCGUGCCCCGGGCACGGAUCAAGAUGACGUCAGUGACACAUUUUAUUAUUACUUGAGUUUUAUGUUUCGCUCCUUUGGUCACUAUUUAUGUAUAUAGCAAGUACGUCUCUUACCUUACUGAUAAACGUGAAUUGUAGUCCGCGAGUAAAGCUGCAAAUUUCUCCCUGGACGUCUGCUGCUUGUGUAAAAACCUUCUUACACGUGCAGCACGAUUAGCAGUAAAUCGCUGUGUUGCACAAUCAAUGAAUCUCUGGUUCAGUUGCGUAUUUGCACGCCCAAAACGACUCCAGAGAAACAAAAACAACAGUACAAUCCUGAACUCCAUUGUUUUGCGCGCGCAUACUGUUCUUCAAAACAAAAGUCACCUGUUGACGAAAGCGUGCUCGGGCACGGAUGGUUUAGCGCAGUGUGAGUGCAGGCCUGCGGGGGAGUGGGGAGGGGGCCGAACCGUGCUCCGGCACGAUUCAACCAAAACGGGCCUAGUGUGAGUACACCCUAAGAGUGACUGUUACACAGAACACCUGCAGUAACUCCUGUUAUUAACAUAAUUACUUUUAUAAAUGCUGUCAUUAAGUAAGCAAUAAAAUGUUUUUUUUUCUCA